GGGAGCUGCGCCUACGGAGAGCUCGUCGCGUAACCACGAGCUGAAGGAGCUAUGGCGGUUACAGUGGGGUUUAGUGUCGUCACCACAAGCUGGGGCAUGUGCAAGCGCAUUGGCAGCUGACCAUAUGGAGGUGUAAUACUCGGACUCGGACUCGGCUCUUUUGAGAGCUGCUCUGCUUUGCUCAUGAACCGGCCGCCAGGACUAAUGUCAAUUUCCCCGAGAAAUGCGAGUUACCUGCAACGGUUACAAAUCGUUGACGCGCAGAACUGAGGCAGUGCCAAAUCCCUGGGCGACCCAGCUCACGACACCCAGCAGCUUGGUGAGAUGGCGGGGCAAUUGGGACUGGCUGGCUGGCUGGCUGGCUGGCUGAACUUGGACUUUUUCGUGCCAGUGAUGGUGGGGCAGUUCCUGAGAAGCAACCUCAGUCGGUCUUUGCUUGGUAGAACGGACUUUGCUUUUGUAGAAACGGACUUUGAUUCAACAGCGAGGCCGAGUGGGAGACACGAUGAGAUUUAUGCGUCUGAGGAUCUGGGAUCGGACAAGGUUCAGACAGAUCUCAUUUUCGCUGCCCAACCCAUAAUCGUUCUUUUAACCUUUUGCUUGACAAUAACCAAUGACUUUCCAAUGGCUCACAUGCACGGCUGAUGCAUCCUGCAGUCCCGGACAGUCAUAGCGGUUCCAUCUUACCUCAAGCACGUUUCGCU